GGUCCUUCUCCGCCGCGCUCUCUCUCUUUCUAUCUCUCCCCUCCGCUCGAAAAGUGCUGCGCAGAGCAUCGUCAACGAGUGCCCCCAAGCCAUCGCCUUUUGCGUGGAGCCCCCAUGUCUGGCGUGCGCUGCCAUCGCCGACCACUCUCUGCUAGCCCCACCAACCCGAGAAAAGAAAAGCAGCCCUGCUCGACGUCUCCCCUUUGUCCUCGACACUGACCCAGCCACGGGCGCAGAUAAUGAAUGACGCAGGCUCCUCAUGGUCCGGGGCAGAACCGUAUGACCCAAUGAGCGCCUCCGCCGACCACGACUUUGGGAGCCUGAUCGACUUCGACACCCUCGACCUUGACUUCCCCAUCGAUUACACCAACGGCGCGAGCGACCAUGACACGUCCCAACAACUCGCUGACUUGGCCGACUCGCUCGACGUUCAACAUCUGCAAAAUCAUUUCUCGCCGGCUGUCUCACAGGACCAUCGUGAUGGUGGGGCCGCGAUGUCGUCGCAGCAGCAGCAGCAGCAGCAGAGCGCAAUGGGGGGGAACGAGAUGCCGCAGUCGGAGAACAGCUUCUUCGAUUUCAACAUGCCACAAUAUACCCAGGGAAACGUUCCGCCCUUCUCUGCCGCGCCGGACCAAAUCUUCCGCCCACAUUCUGGCGUCCCGCCCACACCCAACAGCGUCGAAAUCCACGCCAAUGCCGCGCGCUACCUCCAGCAGAUGGAUCCACAGCAGGCUCUAUUCGACCAGCGUUAUCAGAUAAGGAAGGAAGACGCUGCAUUCACCCCACUCGUCUCUCCCGCUGUUACCCCUCAUGAUGCGCGCUUCCAGAUUCCCGACUUCACAACUGUCCCAGGCGCUUACUUCAGUCCCCUGACGUCGCCCGCACUGAACGCACAGCAGCACCAGCAGCACCAGCAGCAGACACACAGCCAUGCCAGCCAGUACAACACCUCGGGAAGCUCUGCCGCCACGUCGCCUGUGGAUGUGGACAUAGACAUGUUGGGCGAGGCUGCCAUCCCCGAACCAGAGCCCAGCCGAAGGCUACGGAGCAACAAGAGGCACCCCCCCAGCCGAGUGCGACAGUCUCCGAUUGUGAAACCCUCAAGACGGAAGGGAACAUUGUCAUCAACGGUCCACCCGAAGGAGGUUAGUGACCUGCUCGAAGAAGCACAGCGAUUAAACUCAGCGCGCGCGCCCUCCAGUAGACACCCUGUGCCGCGCAGUUGUGACAGCUCUGGCACCGAAUCCAUCUCUCCUGAACCUCUGUCCGAAAUGGGCCCGCCUCCAAAGCCGUCCUCGGUGACACAUUCUCCCGCCAUUGUGGCCAAGGGUAAUCAAAGCGCAACACCCAGUCAAAGAGCAUGCCCAGCGACACCAGCAUCUCUGAUGCGCCUUCAACAGUCGCCCAAUAUCGUCGCACCACAAGAAAUGCCGCCCCUAGAGGAGCUCACCCUUCCAGAAGCUGCCUCCGCAGACAGACCUCCACUGUCGUGCAUUGAUACCAUAACUCAAGAAGAUGACCAGCCGACGCCACGGAUACCUGCCCGGAAAACGCCCAAGUUAGGACCCUUAAGUACGCCCUCUGCAACAGCAGCGUUGUCGGGUAAACCGAGUCCAAUGCUUAGUGCUAUCUCGUCUCCAACUAGCCCCGGAUUCGCAUUGGGAACUGGACGAAGAGCGGACUCUAAAGUGGGAAGGACUUCGAAGAAGAGAAACAGCACGAGUUCGGCCCUCGUCAGUCCGGCCUUGAGGCCAAAGAUCUCUCCAAGCAUAAAACCUCUACUCCCUGAGGGUGCGGUUUCUGAUGACACUCACGCUCUCUUACUUGCAUCCAAGUCUAAUUAUCAGAAUAUCCUCGACGGCACAACUGUGCCCGGAGUGAACUAUCCUACGUCGUUAUCGACUAACUUGACAUCAAAACGGACGUCCCACAAGAUUGCUGAACAAGGUCGCCGAAAUCGAAUUAACACGGCACUUCAAGAAAUGCAACAGCUCCUCCCCUCGCCUCAGAUUCACGCCAGGGAUGCUAGGGAUGCCAAAAGUCCGGACUCGAGUGGGGGUGCUCAAACGAACAACUCAAAAGCGGCUAAGGUCGAGAGCGCCAUUGAGUACAUCAAGCAACUCCAGAAACAAUGUUCUGAGAAGGACAAAUUGAUCGACCAAAAAGACUUGGAAAUGGAAGCGCUACGAAGAGAACUUGCCGCUCUUAGGAGGAGCGGUUCGGUGGGAUCGAGUUCAAACCCAGCGGAAAUUGAGACACAACUGAAAAGUGAAUCAAAGUCGGGCUCAGAAACAGAGAAUGCGACGUGAUGCUUAGGCAAGAACACCUGAUAUCACCAACCGUUCUACGUCGCCUGAUGAAUGCUUCUAAGGGACUUUCUAAAACGGCAAUGAGCCCCAGUGCUCAGGAGCGUAAUCACUAUUGAACAUCAGCGUUCCGAAGGUCAGGCUGUCGUAAUGACACGGACUUGAUAGUAUCGGUGAACUCUAUUUAACCCGCUUCUACUGACUGUAUGGCGUAAUGUCUUAAGCAAGAACGGGACGGGGGCUGGCACCCACCUCCAGGCUUUGAAGUGUACCAGUUGCACUUCAAUAUUACUUGGCCUUUGUCUCUGGCGCAAGCUGAGGACCCUUGGAACGCUUGACAAACCAUAAGUGCUUUAACUAGCAACUUUGUUGUAGAUAGUCGCGAAUGAUAGCACACUCCUACAUCGCCUUCGACAAUUUUCAAGCGACAUUGCCC